GCGCCCACAGCAUAACCCCGGAAGCUCUGCAAGCUAGGGUGGAAGUGGCGCGCAGCUGGGGGGGCGGGCAUCAUGGCUGACGAGGAGGAGGAUGUGCCGUUCGAGGAAGAUGCGGAGGAGGCGGGUGGCGGCCUGGACGGCGGGCAGGGCAAACGCAAGCGCCUCUUCUCCAAGGAGCUGCGCUGUAUGAUGUAUGGCUUCGGGGACGACCAGAACCCCUACACCGAAGCCGUGGACAUCUUGGAGGACCUGGUCAUCGAGUUCAUCACCGAGAUGACUCACAAGGCCAUGUCAAUUGGGCGGCAGGGUCGUGUUCAAGUUGAAGACAUCGUCUUUUUGAUCCGCAAGGACCCACGGAAGUUUGCCAGAGUUAAAGAUUUGCUGACAAUGAAUGAAGAACUCAAACGGGCCAGGAAGGCUUUUGAUGAAGCCAACUAUGGAUCUUGAUGCCUUGCCUUUGCGUGGUGCAAAGAUGGUAUGUUCCUGGGGACUACCCAUUAUUAGGGACCUACCAAAA